UUCUCUCCCAUCAUGCUCUACUGCUACGCAUGCGCACUUAGUAGAACUUGAAAAGAGGACUUCCUGGACGUUUUCGCGCGGAUUCCUGCAAAAUUUGGGUCUGAAUCAGACUUUAUUUUAACAUUUCGCUCGCGGCGGCGUGUUCUGAGGCUCUCGAAUUUCUCUGCACUUUGCGACACUGACUUUGCCAUUGGCAUGACAUGACCCUGUCUUGAUAGUGGGACACCAUGCCGACCUCAACGCAAUCUUCUACUAAUUACGGAAUCUUAGAGAUCUGGAAUCACAACAUCGAUGACGCCUUCAAGAGGAUACGGCAGAUCGUGCACAAGUAUCCAUACAUAGCUAUGGAUACGGAGUUUCCCGGGGUGGUGGCGCGGCCGAUCGGCGAGUUCCGCAGCACGGCGGACUACCAGUACCAGCUGUUGAGGUGUAACGUGGACCUGCUGAAGAUCAUCCAGCUGGGCAUGACCUUCAUGAACGAGAAGGGAGAGUACGCGCCCAACAUCUUCACUUACCAGUUCAACUUCAAGUUCAACCUCACGGAAGACAUGUACGCGCAGGAUUCCAUAGACCUUCUGCAGAACUCCGGUAUCCAGUUUAAGAAGCACGAGGAGGAAGGCAUCGACGUCACGUACUUCGCAGAACUGCUGAUGACGUCGGGCGUGGUUCUGUGUGACAACGUCAAAUGGCUGUGCUUUCACAGCGGCUAUGACUUUGGGUACCUGCUGAAGGUGCUGACGUCCUCUAACCUUCCCGCGGAGGAGCUGGAGUUCUUCGAGCUGUUAAGACUAUACUUCCCCGCCAUCUACGAUGUCAAGUACCUGAUGAAGAGCUGUAAGAACCUGAAGGGUGGGCUGCAGGAGGUGGCUGAUCAGCUGGAGCUUGAGAGAAUUGGGCCACAGCACCAGGCAGGCAGUGACAGUUUACUGACGGGGCUGGCCUUCUUCAAAAUGAAAGAGAUGUUCUUUGAAGACAGCAUAGACGACGCCAAGUACUGCGGCCACCUGUACGGCCUGGGCAACUCCUACGUCCAGAACGGGAACUACAACAACAACAGCGAGGACACGAUCUCACACACUCCCCAGCAGUCGUAGCACUUAGUCUGUCUUUCUUAUUCUCUUAGUCUCUCUUUUCUACCAAAAGUACUACUAUGUAGUUCUUGAGGCUGGGCAAAAUACAGCUUGUUUUAUCCCCCCUCCCCCAAAUUAGCAGUAUUAUAUUGAAAAGGUGUUUUAACAAGCUUAGUGACCCUCAAGCACAAAAGGUGCAGUUGACCUAAAAGUCAUCUCACAGCCAUUGGUGCUAUGAAUAUGUUGAUUUUAUAUGUACGCUUCAUCGCAAGUUGUCAAAAGUUUAUACAUUUUUUGUUCAUCCAACAAACACACCUCUAACUUCUAAAAUAUUUUUAAACUGGUUCUAAAACAUAAGAAAAGUAACAAAUCUUACCAAGGACCCUACUAAGAGUAUAUGUAACCACCUUUUUGUGUUGGUUACAUUGUACCUUAGUAGGUGGCAGCUAUAAGUAUAAUCCAAAAAGUAUGCAUGGGAUGGUAGGAGAUAUACUGGAUUAAACAUCAACAGGUAGACAAUCUAAAAGUACAUUAGGAGAGGAGUAAAAAAAUAUUUUGCAUAUUACUGUCCACUUUCUGUGCAAUUUCCUACAACAAUGAAGCAUUUUUAUGGCGUUAGCACUAUCCUGACAGCUUGUUUAUUGUGUUGCGGCCCCAAGACAAGCUGUAUAGUGCCCAGCCUUGACUGCCUCCCUAGGGGACCACCUAUGUACAGUCAGAAGUACUCAUGUAAUAUGGAUUUAAUCAGGCAACAGCGGGUGUACAAUACCGCUCUGCUGUGAGUCGGACACACUGUUGGAUGGACUGUAAUGCUUCGUACUCGGAAUGUGUGGCACUUUGACCAAGUUUUCUUCUGCGCAGAAUUUCGGCUUCAUUUUGGCACCUUUGCCUUUGAAACCAAAAUAUUUCUUCAUAGAUAUUAGAGUUCUUUAACACAAAAAAGUAAACAACCCACUAGUAUUUUCGUAGUCUGCUUUCUUCAUCAUCGCAAUGAUGACAAUGAUGACUGUGAAGCUAGAAAGUGGCAAUAAGUAAGAAGAAUGUGGUGACUCAGUUUUCACUGCCACCUUGUAGUGAGAAGCAGUACUUCAGUAAUCAUUGCCCUGAUGAACGUAUCCCAUACCAAAUUCUGUGCAGAAUGCUGUCACACUUCCGAGUAAAAAGAGGCACAAAGUCAGUGGAAAAGUGUGCCAACGUUGCAGCAGAGUAAUAGGUAACUUUCCAGGGCGUCUAACAGGUGUAAGUGAUAUGAUGUUUGACGUAUACACACAUAUAUUAUCAUCUCAUACUCGUACUAAAAGAAGCCAUGGUCUUACAACUGAAGAUCAUUGAUGGCAGCUAAGAAGUUAGUAAAGGUCAUAAAUACCAGUUUUAAGAAAAAUCGAUGAAAUAUGGUUAGAGUGGUGCAGAUCAAGUCAGCAAACAAAAUUCCAUCUAGCUUGUCGAAGAAGGAAAAUGGGUUUUUGACAACAACAAACAUAUUUGUACACUGUAGAUGUGGGUAAAACUAUGAAUUUUUGUUGCCAAAGUAUAUGAAAUAGUCCCAGUCAGUUGGUUGAUUUUCAGCAGCAUAAAAAAACAUAAGAAGUAGGAAAUCUAUUGGGUCAUCUUGGGUAAAAGGAUCGGAAAAUAGCCAAAUUGGAACAUACUUCAACAUGGUAGAAGUCAUGAAAUUAGGCUUCAGUAGUGUUCAUCAUUUUUGACAUUGUUAACCAUUAUGUUUGAAACGCUGAUUGAUUUGUUACGCGAAAACACACCCAAAGUUUUUCCCAUAUCUUUUGUGUUGGCAUCAUACAUGUGCUAUCAGUCUGCUUCCUUGACAGAUUCUAUUUGUACUGCUUUGUUAUCCAAUUAUGUUAUACAUGUAAAAGAAAUAGAAUAUGAUAGUAUACUAUUAGGCUCGCCACCAAGGUGUUGCCAAAAAAAAACAAAGGAAAAGCUGGAUAUUUAAAAACAUAGAACAUUUAUAUCAACUGUAACAUUUUGAGCAGGAAUCUCUGACUUGUAGGUAGGUCUUAUUGGGUCCGGCGAUAGUUUGUUUUUACUGUGAACUGUAUUAUGUACAUCAUGGAUUAUUUUAAAUUUUGUAAAUAGCCAAUAUUUCCUUCUGCUUUGUAUGAUACCUUAAGCACCGGCACUUUCACUGUUCACUAGAAAAGAACUGCACCUCACAGCAUUGAAAUGCCCUGGUCAUUCUGUCAUCAUUGUUUUAGGUUAAGGCACUUUUUAUGUGAUUAUUAAAGUGUUAUUAUUAUAUGUAGUGUUAGAAAUGAGAAAAGCGUUAAUAAAUAAAUGUCUUGAUGGCUCCUUAUUGUUGA